UGUGGGCGGGACCCGCUCGUGCACUGCGGAGAUGCUGACCGGGGGCCCCGGGCGGCCCUGGGGCACCUUUAGGACCCUGGCCAGCCUCCACAGGUCCCAAAAUAGACCCCAGGCCAGAUGCCUGAGCGCGUCAUGGACACCGGGCGAGCCGAACGCCUCGGGGUCGCCCUGGCCACACAGCCGCCCUUCGCGCACGUCGCCCCCUCGCUCUUCCUCGGGAACGCACGCACUGCAGCCGCGUCGGAGCUGCUGGCGUGCGCGGGCGUCACCCUAUGCGUUAACGUCUCGCGCCAGCAGCCCGGGCCGCGCGCGCCCGGCAUGGCCGAGCUGCGCGUGCCCGUGUUCGACGACCCGGCCGAGGACCUGCUGGCACACCUGGAGCCCACCUGCGCCGCCAUGGAGGCCGCAGUGCGCGCCGGCGGCGCCUGCCUCGUCUACUGCAAGAACGGCCGCAGCCGCUCGGCCGCCGUCUGCACCGCGUACCUCAUGCGGCACCGUGGCCUUAGCCUGGAGCAGGCCUUCCAGACAGUGAAGAGCGCCCGCCCCGUGGCCGAGCCCAACCCUGGCUUCUGGUCUCAGCUCCAGAAGUACGAGGAGGGCCUGCAGUCCAGGUCCUGCCUGACCCCGGAGCCCUCCACACAGUGAGCCCUGAUUGGUCAGUCCAAUCCCCAAACCAGACUGGGAGUUUCCUGGGAUGAUGUAAUCCUAGCUUGUCAAACUCAGGGCUACGGGCCUCAUGCAGCCCACAACUAAUGUUUUUGCAGCCCAUCCAAUGUAACAGUAUGUAAGAAACAUUUUAAUAAAUAUUUUGUAAC